AUGGCUCCGCCGCGCCCCGCGCUCCUGCGCCCCCGCUUCUGGCUUCUGCUGCUUCGGCUGCUGCUGCUGCAGCUCGUUCUCGGAAGCGACCUAGGUCACUCCACAGAGUUGGCAUUCACUGUGGAACCAAGCGACGAGAUUGUUGUACCUGAGCGGUCCGUAGUGCUGGGCUGCCGAGCAGAAGGUACACCACCCAUCCGGGUCACCUGGAGGAAGAAUGGAGUGGAACUUCCAGAGAGUACCCACGCCCUUGUGCUGGCCAAUGGUUCGCUGCUCCUCCCUAGCUUCCGGCCAGAUAGAGGAACUGGUCUUUCUGACGAGGGAGACUAUGACUGUGUGGCCCAGAAUCGAUUUGGGCUGGUGGUCAGCCGAAAAGCCCGAAUCCAGGCCGCAACCAUGUCGGACUUUCAUGUGCAUCCACAGGCCACGGUGGGUGAGGAGGGUGGAGUGGCCAGAUUCCAGUGCCAGAUCCAUGGGCUGCCCAAGCCCCUUAUCUUGUGGGAGAAGAACCAUAUCCCCAUUGAUACAAGGAAUGACAGGUACACUCUGCUGCCCAAGGGUGUCCUGCAGAUCACUGGGCUUCGGGCCGAGGACAGCGGCAUCUUUCACUGCGUGGCCUCCAAUAUCGCCAGUGUCCGAGUCAGCCGGGGAGCCAGUCUUACCGUGUCAGGCUCCGGCUCCGGUGCCUACAAGGAACCGACAAUUCUCGUGGGGCCUGAGAACCUGACCCUGACUGUGCACCAGACGGCUGUGUUGGAGUGUGUUGCCACAGGCAACCCCCGCCCCAUCGUGUCUUGGAGCCGCCUUGGUGAGCCCCAUUCUCCCACAGCCAUCCCCGAAACCCGGGAGGUCAGUAACCUGAUCCUGUAUGAUGGGAUGUGGCUGGCCGGGCUGGCCAUUGGAUCCUCUGGCUCCCGGACCAAAGGUCCUCGGGCCAGCCUUGGCCCCGCCCCCUACCGUGCCUGCCUCAAAGGGGCAGUGUCUGAUCGCUGGAGCUCGGAGCUCGGAGCUCGCUUGGUGCUGGGGCUACUGGGGGCCGAGGACGGGGCGGGCUUUCCUCCCUCUCUAGCCCUGUUCUCCGGCCUUGCUCCUUUACCCUCGCCACCGUUUUUCAAUCUCUGUGGGACUAUCAUCCUCGCUUCUCAGCCCCGCUCGGAAUCCUCGGCAGCCCCCUCCACCCCUGCAGAAUUCAUCCAGCAUCCCCAGUCCAUCUCUCGCCCAGCUGGAACCACAGCAAUGUUUACCUGCCAGGCCCAGGGGGAGCCACCCCCCCAUGUUACAUGGCUGAAGAAUGGACAGGUCCUGGGCCCUGGAGGCCACGUUCGACUCAGGAACAAUAACAGCACACUGACCAUUUCUGGGAUCGGCCCUGAGGAUGAGGCUAUCUACCAGUGUGUGGCAGAGAACAGUGCUGGCUCCUCCCAGGCCAGUGCCCGGCUGACUGUGCUGUGGGCUGAGGGACUCCCAGGACCUCCCCGAGAUGUACGUGCGGUCUCCGUGUCUGCCACUUCUGUCCGUGUGUCCUGGAGUGAGCCACUGCUAAAUACCAAGGAGAUCAUUGGCUAUGUCCUACACAUCAGGAAGGCAGCAGAUCCUCCUGAGCUAGAAUAUCAAGAGGCUGUUAGCAAAAGCACCUUCCAACAGCUGGUGAGUGACCUGGAACCUUCAACAAGCUAUAGCUUCUAUAUCAAGGCUUACACUCCUCGAGGAGCCAGCUUGGCCUCUGUCCCCACCCUGGCCAGCACUCUGGGAGAGGUUCCUGCCCCACCAGCACUCUCUAUCCGGGUUCUGAGCAGCAACUCUGUCCAGCUACUGUGGGAGCUGCCCCCUAAGCUGACACACCGCGAUGGUGGUUUCAAGCUUUUUUACCGCCCAGCAAGUCAAGCACUCUUCACUGGUCCCAUCGUACUGCCAGGAACUCUCACAGCCUACAACAUCACCCAGCUGGAUCCAACUGAGGUGUACGAGGUAAAGCUCCAGGCCUACAAUCAACACGGAGAUGGCAAUGCCACUGUCCGAUUCGUGUCACUGAGGGGAGCCUCUGAAAGGACAGCACUGAGUCCCCCCUGUGACUGCAGGAAAGAUGAGACGAGCAAUAAGACCUCCGCCACAGGCAUCAUCAUCGGCAUCCACAUCGGAGUCACCUGCAUCAUUUUCUGUGUCCUCUUCCUUAUGUUUGGCUACAGGGGCAGGCUCCUCCAGUGUAAGGAUGUAGAGGACCAACUGUCCCCACCCCAGGGGCCCCGGAGCCAGAGGGACCUAGGUAUUCUGGCUCUGAAUGGAAUGACCCAAGGGGACCGAGGCCAGAUCAAUGGGGAUGAGAAGCAUCUGGAUCUGAAUGAACUAGAACAGUUAUUCCCACUCUCUCUGGGUUCAGGGCAGCAGGGCGCAAGGCUUAUGCUGGAACCUGGAUCGCCCGCACCAUGUGAUGAGACUCAGCUCUCCACCCUCCCACCUGAUGAGCUUAGCAUCCUGGAAGAACAGAUAACUGAGAUGUCCUGUGUGGCUGCAGGCACCCCACCCCAACGGGAUGAAGUGACCAGCCCCAGCCCCACCAAUGAAGAAUAGUUUGCCAAGUCUCCCUAUAUAUCCCCCUAAGAUGUCCCAGCCGGCUGCAUCUGGACAAUGGCUUGGGCUUUGAAUGGUGACUUCUUCAAUCUCAGGUCAAAUGAAAGAUUUCUUCUGUCAAGCUGGGUCUGACCAGAGACUCCAAGAGCAUGCCUUCUGAACUUGUCUGGGCUGGAGGCCACUGCUAAGGUAUAUACCCUUUAUACCUUCAGGUCAUUUAGGCCUGAUCCUCCUAUAAGAGAUGCUUCCAUGGGAGUAAUGGGGAGAGGGAGUCUCCCCUGGCAAUCCUUGUAGCCAGCUCCCUGAUACUCUCAUGACUCAAGAUCAAUUUUCUUAAAAAAAGAAAGAAAAACAAAAACAAAAAAGAGAGAGAGAGAGAAAGAGAGAAAGAGAGAGAGAGAGAGAAAGAAAAGAAGGUGAAUCCUUCCAAAGUGACUCCAAAAAUAUGCUCCUUCUUCCCUCAUCAUCUUUGACCCUGGCCGGGUCCCUCUAAUACUGUUUUUCCCUGAUGGACUCCGUCCCACCCCGGCUAAGUGGCUCUGUUCACUUCCUCUUUUUCUCAGGAUGGUUUUUGGCUGUUUUGACUCUUGACUACAAAGCGUGAGAGGCACCUCAGCACCUACCUCAACCGGAAUGAAUGUCCUUGGGGGAGGGGAAGUCCAAGGACCUACCCCUCCAACCCCAUAGAGCCCUUUAGGCGCUUGGUCCUUGCUCUAUCCUACCUCAGGUCCUGGCUCUGGGCCCCCAAGCUCCAGGGCCUUGUUUAGUCCAGAUAUAAAGAGAAAAAAAGAAAGGAAAAAAAAAAAAAAAAAAAGCACUUCCAGGCGCAAAAGCAAAACUUUCUACCUCAAGGUUCACUCCAGGUCACUUAUUCAUGUCCCUGGACCUCUUUCCUCCUCCUUUGGUCUUCCUUCUCCCCUUUUCUGUCUCCAAUUGAGCCAUCCAUGUUGGAGAUGGUUCCCUGGAUCUGCUGUGAGAGGAGAGGAGAAAGGGUAGAUAGUUACCUAUUCCAUGGAGACCCUGUCCCUUUUUUUUCUCUCAUUCUCCACCUCACUCCUGCCCUUGCAUAAAGACAACUUUAAAAAAAAAAAAAGAAUGAAAAAAGGAAAAAAUAUGGACCUGAAAACCCUGAUGACAAAUGAUCAUUACUCCCCGCAAAAUGAACCACCUCAUACCCUUGAUCUUACCAUCACCUAAUAUCACUCCUAGAUACUCCCUUUUCUCUUCUGUUUAGUCUCCAAACUCUCCCCAUCUACCUCCAUUCCAUUACAAUUUCAUAUCCAUCCUCCCUCCAAAUGUACCUUCCUUGGCCUCUGUUUCAUCCCCUAACCAUCUCAUUUCACUGAACUCUUAUCCCCAUGCCCAAUCCUAGCACCCUCUCUACUUUAUUCCUGCCAGUCUCCCACUGGCCCCGCUCCCAGAGUGGUACGUCUCUCCCAUCUCCAUUUUGCUCCCAUCUAGGCAUGGGCCCCAAGUGAUUGGAGGUGGAUAGAGUAGAUACCCUAGAAUGUACUAUGAUUGUGAUGAGUGUGUAUAUGUGUGUGCGUUAAUGUGUAUGCCCAGGCAAAGACCCCUGGGACGCCAGCUAGGCCUACCCAUCUCACCCUACCACUGGGCUGUUGGCAUGGCCUCCAUUGCCAGAUAUUGGGCUGAAGCUAUUUUUAAAUGAUAGCAUGUUCAAGGUUUGGAUUUUCAUGGCCUGUUUGGGUUUUGUUUGGUUUUGUUUGUGAUUGUUCAACAAACAGAAAUGAGAAGAAACAAAAUAACUAUUUUUGAUUAAGCACAGAAACAUUUUUUUAAAUAGAAAAAAGAAAAAAAAAAGGCAACCCCAUCCCUUUAAAAAUGUACCCCUCAAGUAUGAGCAAUUAGACUCUUAGGGUCCUGCCCUCCAACCUCACCCCUUUCCCUCAUUAGCCAAUUAGGUUAAAGAAUUGUGGCGUUGUUAUAGCAGUAGGGUUGUGUGUCCAUGGGGUUUCAAUGGGUAAAUAAUACAGUGACAAAAGUGCUCCUCUUCUCCCAGGUGCUCUGUUGGCAAGCAGGGGCUCUCAGAGCAUCCUGGUCUCAUUGACCACCAAAGUCAAGGAGACUGGAGGGUUGGGUCCACAUAAGACUGCUUCUUUCAUGACAAAAAUUCUUAUCUUUCCUUCCAUCUCCAAUCCCUGUUUCUACCCUUCCUGGGGUGAUGGAGCAGAAAUAGAGAGUACUGGAGAGGAAACAAGGAGAGAAGGAAGGGGGAGCUGGAGCCCUGGGCUACCUAGGAGUUUCUUGCUGUCUGCUCUGUCUGACUGAAUAAAGUCCUGUUGCCAAAGUGAA